AUGCCUAAGGGAGCUGGAGAGGGCGCGAUUGAGGAACGUUUGCCGAAGUCACCCAAGAAGCCCAGAGAACAAAAGCCAAAAACGACGGAACAACAAGCCAUGCAGGCCAACAACACUGCCAACAAGUACUUGACUGAGUCUGAGCAGCUGCGGAAUCAGUUGAGUGAGAACUUCAAGAAGGCCCUGGCUGACGAUCUCAAACUUUCAGUGCAUGCGUUGGGCCAGCGGAAGGAGGAUGUUGUCAAGUCUUUAGCGUCUAAAAUUGAUUUGGCGGAGAACUUGAAGGAGGUUGGUGAGAAGAAUGUGUCCAAAGCGACAGCCAAGCUGGCUCGUGUGAAGCACGCUGGCAAUGCCCAUCGGGACAUUAUGCGUUUUGUAUGUUUGCCUUUGGAACCUGUAUGGGUGGAGACAGUGGUGCUGAAGGAUCCCAACUGGGAGGAAACUAUGCCAAAGAAACUGCCCAUGUACGACCCACAUGAACUGUUGGACUACCUGUGGAGAACAGGGAAGAUUGCAGUUCCGCAGGAAGAGAUUAUGAAACUUGCCUCACAUGCAACUCAUUUACUUGUGGGUUGCGCGAUGCUGUGCCGAGCGCUGCACCGUGCACAGCAGAAGUUGGACGUGGAGCACCGCUCCGCGACCGGGAUCUGGUGUGCCCCAUUAUCACUUUUCAACGACGCUGCACAGAAGCGAGCCUGUGCAGACGGUGUUCACGACUGGGCGAUCCUCACUGUGCUCAAGGCGCGGCGCUUGGUGGAAGAGGCAGCCGGCUUGGGCGAUCUCACCGAGGUCUACAAGGCGCAAAUCUUGACCGCUCAGCGUGAGAAGCGGAAGGUCUUGAGAGACCCAUUGCGUCUGGAUGCCUUGCAGAAGGGCUCCGAACUGACUUUGAUCAUGGAACCUGGCUUUGGCGAAGUGAAGCCGGAGCACCUGCCAGAGGUGUACCAGAGGAGAACCUUCCCCUUCAAUCCCUCCCGCGGGGCCUCGCCGGCUGACAGCCGAUUGUCCACUCCUGCGAUCUCCGUGCAGACGGAGCGACACCGCGCGCUGGGCGGAAAUCGGCCGCAUAUCCUCACCACGCACGGUGUCGAGUUCAUCGCAGAGCCCGGCCCCGGCGUACACCCCCUGGACGCACGCUCGAGCUCCACGCUCUCACGCUCACAGCCACGGACUACUGGCACCGUGCGGGGAGAUGGAUUAGAUAAGACGCAUAGGGAUCAUGCCUACAAUUCUGCGCACAUGUUUGGGCACCAUGAUGUUCGGAACAAUAUGAACCCGUGGCUGGCUCACUACCGGAUACCCAAGUGGGAGACCACCAGCACAAUGUAUGGAGAGCACUACCGGCACCCAGAGCAGACCUACACAAGGCCUAUCAAGAAUCGCAUGCCGGUCUUUCACAUAAAUCUGUAG